AAGCUAAGAAACUGUUCAUUGAGACAGAUUUCAGUGGUAUUUCAGAAGAAUUUGAUUAUAACUGGAUACAUUAUUCACUCACAGAAUUUCAUCUGUCUUCUUGAGACCGGCAUUGGCACUCCUAAGCAUAAUCUUUCCUAUGAGCUUGAUUUUUGGCAAUACAAAAGCUAGGAAUAGUGGAAAUUUCGAAGUAUUAAAUCUUGGAGAAAUGGCUUUCAUUCAUUUGGAUGUCAGAUGCCUCUAUACCCUGAUUAUUUGCACAACAUUUGGCUCUAUGCCUUCAAAUGCUGAGCUAAAAGUUAAUCCUCCUCAGGAUUUUGAGAUAGUGGACCCUGGAUAUUUAGGUUAUCUCUCUUUGCAAUGGCAACCUCCACUGUUUCUGGAUAAUUUUAAGGAAUGCACAAUAGAAUAUGAAUUAAAAUACCGAAACAUUGAUAGCAAACACUGGAAGACCAUCAUUACCAAGAAUCUACAUUACAAAGAUGGGUUUGAUCUUAACAAAGGUAUUGAAGCAAAGAUACACACACUUCUGCCAGCGCAAUGCACCAAUGGAUCAGAAGUUCGAAGUUCAUGGUCAGAAACUACUUAUUGGACAUCACCACGAGGAAAUCUGGAAACUAAAAUUCAGGAUAUGGACUGUGUAUAUUACAACUGGCAAUAUUUACUCUGCUCUUGGAAAUCUGGCAUGGGUGUCCAUUUUGAUACCAAUUACCAAUUGUUUUACUGGUAUGAGGGCUUGAACCAUGCAAUACAGUGCACUGAUUACAUCAAUGUUAAUGGAAAAAAUAUGGGAUGCAGGUUUCCCUAUUUGGAGUCAUCAGACUAUAAAGAUUUCUACAUCUGUGUUAAUGGAUCAUCAGAAUCCCAUCCUAUCAGACCCAGCUAUUUUAUUUUUCAGCUUCAAAAUAUAGUUAAACCUUUGCCACCAGACUACCUUAGUCUUACUGUGAAGAAUUCAGAGGAAAUUAACCUGAAAUGGAGCAUGCCUAAAGGACCCAUUCCAGCAAAGUGUUUCAUUUAUGAAAUUGAAUUCACAGAAGAUGAUACUACCUGGGUGACUACCACAGUUGAAAAUGAGAUACAAAUCACAAGAACAUCAAAUGAAAGCCAAAAAUUAUGCUUUUUGGUAAGAAGUAAAGUAAAUAUGUAUUGCUCAGAUGAUGGAAUCUGGAGUGAGUGGAGUGAUGAACAGUGCUGGAAAGGUGACAUAUGGAAGGAAACCUUAGUAUUUUUCUUGAUACCGUUUGCUUUUGUCUCAUUAUUUGUUUUGGUAAUAACUUGUCUGCUUUUGUAUAAGCAAAGGGCUUUGCUGAAAAUGAUCUUUCAUACAAAAAAAGAAGUCUUUUCUCAUCAAGAGACAUUCUGUUGACUCAUUAACUUUCAGUCUUAUGGCCAAAUGUUAAAUAUGAGUCUUAUUAAACUGAAGCUUUUCUCCAAAUAUUGAAUAAAUCUUAUUUUAAAA